GCAAACAUUGAGCACGCAUGUGUUGAAACGCGUGGAGUGAGACGACUCUACGAAACCUCUAUUUUUGUAGUUAUUAUUUCAGUUAAGGAUGAGUGGAAAGAAGAGAAAGCUCCCCACUGUCAAAGACGAAGUUUUCGAAGAUGAAAUUGGGAAUGAUGAUUUCAUGACAAAACAGUUUGAUGAUGAAGGAAAUUCAGACUCCGAAUACAGCAUCAGUGAAGGGGAAGAGGAAACAGAGAUCCCAGAGGAUGAUUCAGAGGACGAGUCAGAUGAUGAACCAGAUGACAAGAGUGCAGAGAGGGGGAAAAGUAAACAGGUGAAUCAAAAGGCGACAGGUUCCAAAGGGGCGCCAAAGUCAAAGAACGCAGGUAGGAAGAUUGAAUGGAAGCAGCAGAGGAGAGGACGAGAAGAUUCAGAGGAGGAGGAUUCUGAUGAGGAAAACUGGCAUGAUAUGUCAUCUGAUGAAUAUGAAUCGGCCGAAGAAGGAAGCGAUAUUGACAGUGAGGAUGGGGAGUGGGAGACAGAGAGCGAGAGUGAGGAAAGGGAGUGGGAAGAGGGUUCUAACACCAGCAAGAAUGGGAAAGAUAGUGGUGUCGAGUCAGAUAUGGCUGGGGAGGUGAAGGUGGUGGACAAGGAACUAAAGAAAAGAACAUCUGUCAAAAAAGUUUUAGCUCGCAUUAGGAGUUUAGCAGAGGGAGAAAAUAACAGUGAGGCAAGCACCAGUGGUACAAAUGCAUUGAAGAAAAAGGAGGAGAAGGAGGAGGAGGAGGCAGUAGAGAAAGCAGUGUACAAUGAAUAUGAAGAGGACUCCUCAGAUGAAGAAGAUCUAAGGAACACAAUUGGAAACAUCCCAAUGAACUGGUAUGAUGAGUACCCACACAUGGGAUACGAUUUGGAUGGGAAUCCUAUCAUCAAGCCCGAUAAAGGAGACAAGCUCGAUCAGUUCUUAAGGAUGUUAGAGGAUCCAGAUCAUGGGCGAACAGUAUAUGACAAACAGACUGGCCAGGAGGUGCGACUGAGUGACGCAGACUUAGAUAUUGUGAGGCGUGUGCUGUCAAACAAAGUCCCAGAUGCCAAGUAUAAUAUGUACAGCAAAUGGAUUGACCACUUUACUCAUGAGGUUAUGGACAUGCCACUCUCUGGCCGGCCGGAACACAAGAGGUCCUUCAUUCCGAGCAAGAAAGAGGCUGCAUAUGUGGCGAGAAGAGCAGAGUUGAUCAAGAAGGGAAUGGUCACAUAUAAGACCAAGCAGAAGAAAAAACGGUUUUAUGACCUAUGGGGUACCAAGGGAGACGACCAGAUUAGAAGGCUAACGCACCGGUUGGAGACACCAAAGAUGCCUUUACCAGGGCAUGAGGAUUCAUAUCGCGCACCUUUAGAAUACAUUAAAGAAUACAAUGCCAGGAGGUUCACAAGUGUCCGUAAGAUUCCACAGUUUUACAAUUUCGUGAAAGAUAGAUAUGAAAGAUGCCUCGACUUGUACUUAGCCCCGCGCAAGUUGAUAAAGAAACCUUUAUAUAAAGCAGAUGACUUGUUGCCGCGUAUGCCCAAACCCAAAGACCUGCGACCUUUCCCGACGAGAGAAGCAUUGCGAUUUGUUGGCCACCAGUCUGUUGUCAGAACCAUAUCAAUUCAUCCACUAGGAAAGUUCCUGGCUUCUGGUUCAGAUGAUCACACAGUUAAAAUUUGGGAAAUUAGCACUGGACGUUGCCUCAGAACAUUCAAUUUCCAAGGUAUUAUUAAGUGGGUGGCCUGGAAUCCAAGCCCCAAAUUGUUCCUGCUGGCAGUGGUUGUAGGGAACAAAGUUUUCUGCUUGAAUCCCGAGACCUACCUCACAGAUCGGGUUGUGGUCAGGCAGACUAAUGCUGUUUUCAGGGUGGAGCCUGAUAAGGGAGAUGAUCAAAUUGGAAAGCAGUUUGAACGUGUGAGGACUGCUGUGACUUGGAGGAAACCAGAUGCAACUGAGUGGAGUAAUGGAAUAAGAGUAGUUUUAGAGCAUUUCAAGGAUGUGAAACAGAUUGUGUGGCAUAAACAGGGUGAUUAUUUUGUCACGGUGAUACCCCAUGGUAUGAAUAGGUCAAUCCUAAUUCAUCAGCUUAGCCGCUGGAGAUCACAGAUCCCCUUCACAGCCAUCAAAGCUCGAAUUGAGGUGGCCGAGUUCCAUCCCAAGUUGCCCUUCCUCUAUGUUGUGACCCAGACUCACGUUCGAGUGUACAACCUUCAGAAACAGACCAUGUUGAAGAAUAUCAGAGCCAACAGCCGCUGGGUCUCCUCUAUCAGUGUACAUCCAGGUGGUGAGCACUUCCUCAUAGGUACCUUUGACCGUAAAGUCAGCUGGUUUGAAAUGGAGUGUACUAGAAAGCCUCAUAACUUGAAGUACCACAAGGAAGCUGUCCGUAAAGUUGCAUUCCACCGCAAAUAUCCACUCUUCGCCUCUGCGUCAGAUGAUGGCAGAAUUAUUGUGUCUCAUGGAAUGGUGUACAAUGACUGGAUAACAGAUCCUCUCAUCGUACCUGUGAAGGAGUUGGCUGGUCACUGGUUCCUGAAAAAUCUGUGUGUAUUGGACAUCGCUUGGCAUCCCUACGAGCCGUUCGUCCUGUCAUCUGGAGCAGAUACCACCAUCAGGCUGUGGAGUUAACAGAGCUGGAAGUGUCAUAAGAUGGGAAAAUUUGUUAUCAUGGGACAAGGUGUAUUUGACAUAGAGUCCAUCUGCUUCAGGAUUAGAUACAAGAUAACACACUUGUUACUGGAUAGCAGUGUAGGUCUUGUCGUGAACAGUCCUUUUUGGGGGGAUUACAUUUAAAGGACCGACAUUGUUGUUGAACUGUCAAAUAGAUUCUUGCUCUGUGAAGACCUUCUCAUUUCCAUGGUUUUGAUGCAACUAUGGUACUGAACUCGUGGAGACUUUUGUUGUAGAUGUAUAGAUAUAUGUAUAUUGCACUGUACUUUGAUGUGAUUUGAACAGCUAAAGAUGGAUGAAAAUGGAUUGAAAAGUAUUACUUUGACAGAAGUGAAAAUAAUGAAUAGUGUUUAUUUGUUGAUUUUUUUAUUUUUUUAUUUUAUUUUAUUUUC